AUGCUAAACAAUAUCACAGCAGCAACUGGUGGUUCAGCCCAAUUGCAACCGAAUGAAUCUCGAAUCAAAAAAUUCAGAUUCCCGGACAAACAGCUAAUGGAAUUUCUACCGUGUGGUAAUUGGUGGAUGUCCUUCAAAGCCUGUGUCGUCCGCCGGAAAGGACAAACAGUAAAAAGACGAGAUGCACCGCCUUUCCCCUUCGCCCAGUCUUCCACAAAGUACGUUACUCUUGCGUGA